AUGACUCAAUCCAUUCAAGACGGUCCCUCCGGAUCUGGGGCCUUGGGUCAGCCACCAUCUGAUGCCAUGCAUAACCUCAAGCAAAAUGAUCCCCAAGACCAAGAGUUGAUUGCGCUCUUCGCCGAAACAGAUACUCCUGCAGUUUCUGACGCCCUUGACAAGCUGGGCUUACCAGGGCAGGCUUUGAACAUCAUGCCCUUAUCCAAUUACGAAAAGGUCACUGUUGGGCCGGCCUUUACUGUACGCUAUGUGCCAACUUCAAGCACAGCUCCGUCAAAAGGUGUUGGCGAUUGGAUUGAUGACGUCGCUGCAGGCGAUGUUAUAGUUAUCGACAAUAGCGGUCGCACAGACUGUACGGUCUGGGGUGAUAUCAUGACACAGUACGCCGGUAUUCGAGGAAUAGCUGGGACUGUCAUUGACGGCGUGUGCCGGGACGUGAAUCGUGCCAUAUCCGAUAACUACCCCAUGUUUACCGCCGGACGCUGGAUGAGAACCGCCAAGGAUAGGAUGGAGGUAGCAGGUGUUAACGAGGCAGUUGGGAUUGGCAGGGUGCAUGUUAACCCUCGUGAUAUCGUUGUCGCAGACGCCAAUGGUGUGGUUAUUGUCCCGCGAAGUCGGGCUCGCGAGGUGGCAGAGAUUGCAACCUGGAUUGAUAAAAGCGAAGAGCGCAUUAGAGAAAUGAUAGCUCGCGGGUCUACACUUGGUGCAGCACGCGCAGAGCUGGGUUAUCAUAACCUGCAAACCAAAAAAUAA